AUGUCUGUUGCAGCGGUAAAUCCACUGGUUCAGUUGCAAGGAGGGGGGUCGCCACAAGGUGCCACUGAAGAAGUAAUCCAGCCUAGCAAGGAAUGGGUACUUCCAGCGCGUGGUAAACCCGGCCGCAAGCCAGCAGCAACAGUGCCGCUUACAGUAUGUCGCUUUUUUCUACUUACCCUACAGAAACGCAAAGCACAGAACCGUGCUUCGCAGCGCGCUUUUCGCGAGCGCCGCCAUGCAUAUCUGGCCGAGCUCGAAGAAAAGGUAGCCCGGUACGAGGCGCGCGAAAUUGAUGCCAAUGUCCAAAUGCAGCGCAUUGCACUGCAGUGCCGUGAAGAGGCUGCACAUUUGCGGCAAAAGAACGAGGCACUCGGCGCGCGGUGCGAGCAUCUCGAAAAACAGCUGCGUGUGCUCAGCACACGAUCGUCUUCGGGCACAUCGCCACGUACUCCGCACGACUUGCCAGUGAAUACGCCCAAAUUGGGACUUAUCAAGCAAGAGGAUCAAGCGCCGCGGCGGCCCUCCGGGAUUCGCCACACUUCUGCCUCCCCUGACAAUAUGCAAGAGACGAGCGAAGAUGAGCCAUUUGCACCGCUGCUUAUGACCCGCGGCGGCUCGGUCGCUGGGGAGAAUGUCGAUCUUCGAUUCGAUUGCGGCUUCUGCCCCGAUCAGGGAUUGUGCGUAUGCCGCGGCAAGGCGCGGCUCGAUUUUGACGAAGACGGUGGAAACGUGCCGCCCACGCCUGGCGCACCACUUCAAAGUGCAAUGCCUGUGCAACCUGGCAGCGCUGCCGUCCCUCUCUCCCGCAAUCAGCUGCGCAAGACAAGACUUUGGCCUACACAAGCAGGAUCACCUGGCAUGACCAUGGACAUGCCGAUGAAUGCUGGCUCGCCCAUGUCGCCACGGAUGUCUGCGCCAUGGGCGCCGUCGCCUGCCGGGAGUAUGCGACUUGCACCAUCGCCCGUGAGUAGUGUACGCCUUGCUGCAUCGCCUGGCGGCGCGCGCAUGCGGCCCGUCGUGCCCCGCCCCCGCCCACGACUGUGGUCGAUCAGCGAGCCAGAGCAGUCGAAACCGACGCAAAGUCCCAGGAACGUGCGCACGCCAAUGGGCUAUGCAAGUGCUGGCUCGCCCGGAUCUGCGCUGCACCAAGACUACUUGGCCACCGAGGACGAUCCUGCGCUGCAGGAAUUUUAUUCCGCUGUAUCGCGCAACGUCAAGCAUCCUGUCUCGACGCAGCGAAAAGAGUCUGCUGCAAGUCCGCCCAUGGCGAUGGGCAAUCCAGCGUUGGCACCGAGUCUAGGAGCAAAAGAGAGCGUACCGCAAGCGUUUCGACGACUCCGAAACCACCCCAACUUUACCAAGUUUUCCGGUGGCCUUGAGACACUCGCCGAUGUUGUCACGCGUGGUGUAUCAGAAGAGCAAGGCGCGAGUCGUAAAACGGCUCCUGAGCUGGAAAAGGGGACAGACAUAAAAGCACCAAAUGGCGCUGCCGUCACAAAAAGUGCUUUGCAAACCGCAGCGCCCUCGGCAGCCGCAAUACUUACUGCGCCGACACCCCCGUCGAUGUACAGUCUGCGACGCACAGCACAUGCGGAGGACGAAGGGAUGCACGAACGCCGCAAGCGCAUGCGCGUGAAUAUGAGCGAAAUGUAUGUGCGCAGCGAAGCCGUAUCCGAGGCGCUUAAAAUGCUCGAUCGCCCCAAGUCCGACGCAUUGACGCAGGAAGACGAGGCUCAGAGUGCCGCAUCGCCAAGUGCGGCGAGUGUAACUACGCCCUCGUCUCGUCUUCCAUGGCCGCGACGCUAA